AUGGUGGACCUUAGAAGUGACACUGUAUCUAAACCCACAAAAGAAAUGCGAAUGGCAAUGUUUGAAGCAGAAGUAGGAGAUGAUGUGUACGGUGAAGAUCCCACAGUUAAUAAACUUGAAAAAUUAGCUUCUGAAAUGUUUGAAAAAGAAGCUGCCUUAUUUGUUCCUACAGGUACAAUGGGCAAUUUAAUUGCAAUUUUAGCUCAUUGUGAUAAAAGAGGAUGUGAAAUUAUUAUGGGAGACCAAAGUCACACUUUUUUAUAUGAACAAGGUGGUCCUGCCCAGAUAGGAGGAGUUCAUACAAGAACUCUACCCAACCUGUGUGACGGAACUUUUUCAUUAGAAUUAUUGGAACAAUGUAUUAGAGGAGAUGAUGUUCAUUCUCCGAUUACAGGUUUGAUUGUAGCUGAAAACACUCAUAAUAUGUGUGGGGGAAAAGUUGUACCUAUGGAUUGGCUUGAAAAAUUGGCCAAUAUAAGUAAAAAAUACAGUAUACCUUUACAUAUGGAUGGUGCCAGAAUAUUUAAUGCAGCUGUGUAUUUGAAUUUACCUGUAUCAAAAAUUACAGAAAAAUUUGAUUCAGUUCAAUUUUGCUUUAGUAAAGGUUUAGGAGCUCCAGUCGGCUCAAUGUUGGUGGGCAGUAAAAAUCUUAUUUACAAAGCAAGAAGAUUAAGGAAAGUUUUGGGAGCAGGUAUGAGGCAAGCAGGAGUUAUCGCAGCACCCUGUUUAAUAGCUUUAAAUUCAAUGAUCAACAGAUUGGUUGAUGAUCAUAAAAGAACAAAAGAAAUAGCAGAAGCCAUUGAUAACUUGAACUGCGAAUUUAUGGAAGUUGAUUCGAAAAAUGUACAAACUAACAUUUUGAUGAUUAAAUUUAAUUCGAAAAAGAUGACUGCUCCUCAAUUCUGUGAUAGAAUGGCCAAAGUGACCGAUGACGAAGAAAAUGAACUAAAGGAAGAUUGCAUUUUAGUUAAAUUAUAUCCAAAGAACGUAGAAGUAGCAAGAAUAGUUUUAUAUUACGAAAUCACCGAUAAAGAUAUUGAAAAAAUAAUAAAAAAGUUAAUUUACAUUACACAAGAAAGAAAUAAUCAAAUAGAAAAAUGA